CUCCAAUGACCAGUUAAAGCAUUGGCGUCAACCCCUGUGUAGAGUACUGGAACAAAUGACACGGUUGAAGUCGACUAGAUGUGAACAUAAAAUACCAAUCAAGGCAUAAUUUGAAGUGCGACUGUGCUGACUUUACGAGGGGUGGGGUGUUGGUCGAUUAAAUUGUUGUGUAAACCACAUUCGAAAAUAUGUCUUGUCAAUAAAAAUCAGCAGAUAACAAACAUUCGCGAAACGAUUAAAGACCCUAUAAUAUUUUUUGCUUGAUUGUUUCUAACCACUGCGAACUCUAGGAGAUGCGCGUCCAUGCGUAUCUGGCACGUUCUGUCGCCUUAGUCUAUGCGCUGGCAGCAUGAACGCAAAUCGUGCUGUGUUGGCGUUUGUCAACUUGAGUCGAGAGGUUUGUGGGAACCAGCAUGUCACAUGCCUAACGAGUUGCGGAGCGUUGAGAGCGUCGCUGUUUGAAUCUAGUAUUGUGGUCACUUGGAGAAUGCGUUAAGACUGUAACAUAAAUAGCAGUCUUCUUUAUACAAUAACCGAGAGUAGCCAGGUUUUCUGUCAAAACGCGACAACCGUUCAUUCCUGGAUUUACACUUCUCUCAAGACAACCAUGAAUACCAGUGAUGCCAAGGAGUACCUCACCAAGAGAGAAAUACCACAACUAUUCGAGAGUUUGUUGACAGGUCUGAUGUACCACCGGCCUGAGGACCCCAUUGACUACCUGGAAUCCUGUCUGAAGAAGGUUCGAGAGCUGGGAGGUCCGGACAAAGUCAGGUGGGACACUUUCGUGGGACAGGAGAAGAAGUCCCUACCACCACUCAAUGGGGGCCAAUCACGACGAUCCUUUUUCCGAAAUGUACUGCCAGACAGUCCCAGCUUCCCCUACCGAAGGUACGACCGCCUUCCCCCCAUCCCCCAGUUCUCCAUUGAAAGCGACUCAGACCUGUCCGAGACAGCCGAGCUGAUCGAGGAGUAUGAGGUGUUUGACCCCUCCAGGCCUCGGCCCAAAGUCGUCCUUAUCAUCGGCGGGCCGGGCAGCGGUAAAGGUACACAGAGCCUGAAGAUCGCUGAACGCUAUGGCUUUGAAUACGUCUCAGUGGGCGAACUGCUCAGGAAGAAGAUGAUCCACAAUGCCACCAGCAACAGGAAGUGGAGUUUGAUUGCCAGGAUCAUCACUAAUGGGGAACUGGCUCCACAGGAGACAACCAUAACUGAGAUAAAGCAGAAAAUCAUGAAGAUACCAGAUGCGAAUGGCAUAGUUAUAGACGGCUUCCCACGGGAUGUUGGCCAGGCACUUUCUUUUGAGGACCAGAUCUGCACUCCGGAUCUGGUGGUCUUCCUCUCUUGCUCCAACCAGCGCCUCAAGGAGCGUUUGGAGAAGAGGGCGGAGCAACAAGGUCGCCCCGACGACAACCCCAAAGCCACGGAGCGCCGGCUGACCAACUUCAAGCAGAAUGCUAUCCCGUUGGUGCGCUACUUCCAGGAGAAGGGUCUCGUCGUCACGCUGGAUGCAGACCGAGAUGAGGAAGAAGUCUUCUAUGACAUCAGUAUGACGGUUGACAACAGGCUGUUCCCGACCAAAGAACCUGUUGCAGGCCCCAGUGAGUUGGAUCUGAGUCUGCUUGUGGACAGCGCCAGCCUUGCCGAUGUGCCCUCCAGAUUCGACGAGCAGGCUGAGGAAGAGGAGGGGUGCACAGAGCAGACUGUGGAAAGUUUUCCUAUUGAGAAGAGGAGGCCAAGGGUGAUCUUCGUGAUUGGUGGUCCCGGCUCAGGGAAGGCUCUGCAGUGUGAGCGGAUCGAGGAGCGGUACGGCUUAAGACGCCUGUGCCCUGGAGACAUACUGUGUAGCGAGUUGCAGUCUCACAGUGAAAGGGGACGCUUCCUCCGAGACCUUCUGGAGAGGGGCCAACAUCUUCCUGAGGACACACUGUUGGAUCUUCUGCGCGAGUGUAUGGAGUCCACUGUGCGGCAGGGGAAAGGCUUCCUGGUCAGUGGGUUCCCGCGGGAUCUAAGGCAGGCAGAAGAGUUUGAGGCCAAGAUGGGGCAGCCCUGUGUGGUCCUGCUGCUCGACUGUUCAGUGGACACCAUGAACAGCCGCCUGCAGCAAAGGACCUGCUCCAGCCUGAGGUCGGGAGAGGCCAGGGGCCGAGACACCCGCCAUAGGGUGGAGGGCUUCUGCGACACAGUCACGCUCGUCACCCGCUUCUACGAGCAUCGAGCACUCCUGCACAGGAUCGAUGCUGAACAGCCACCCGACGAGGUGUUUGAGCAGAUCUGCCUGGUCCUUGACUCUUGUUAAAGACCCUGGAACAUUACAGCUGCUCCCUGCUGGACCAAACCGUCGUCUGCGGCGCCACAGCACAGAAACUUGCAUCACACAUUCCGCGCAUAGCCAUCAUCCACGAGCGGAGCGAAGAGCUCGGCUGCAGCUCCGUGACUCGUGUCCCACGGUCCCACCGCUUUUCACUGCUGUACAUAGCGGCCCGGCUGCAAAGCAUUCCUAAGCUUGGCUUGUCAUUAUUGAAUUCACCGCUAAACUCUGUAUGAAGUGCUUCAGCGGCACCUGGCAUGGACAGAGGGGUCAUUGCUAGUCCGAGAAAGCACGAGGAGCACCUUUUCCCGCUCGUGUGGGACGACGCGACUUUAACCAGGGCGCGAGCGGCCGGGGAGGGUUCCAGAACGGCGUGACUUCCGUAAGCGGAGAACGGAAGCGGCGGAGGAAACAGAGCGCGCCUCCUCUCGUGUGUACCCAUGCUUCCUAGUGUCCCAAGCAUGCGAGCUAGAAUAGCAGUAUGAUCUGUAAGCCAAUCGUUUGUGUGUGUUUAAUUGUAAAAAGGGGGAAAAAAAUGUAUAGGGCCAUGUCCUUACUUUGGUAUUUACUGGUGUCUGGAUAAGGAAUUGGCGAAUUUCACAUUGAAGUAUUGAUUAUUGUAACGUUAUUCCUUCUGAAACAUUUUAUUUAAUUAAAAUCAUUUCAUACGCUAAAA